CGCCUCUCGUCCUUACGCCGUGAUCCAACGCACGUUGAACUUCUUUACACCUUCUUUUAACUACUUAGACGGACACCACUCAGCUCGGAUAAAGGAUGACGAGCUGGCAGCUGAGCGCUAAAGAGGAGAUGGUGGAGAAGUUUCUGGACGCCGCAUCCCGAGGGGACGCCGGCCAGGUGUCCUCGCUGCUUUCUCACGCCCCGUCGCUCCUCAACCAGGCAGGACACAGCGGUUGGACGGCGCUGAUGCUCGCCGCUCGCAACGGCCAUCGGCAAGUGGCGGAAGCGCUCCUAUCGCACGGCUGCGACAAGUGGUCGCUGAACAGGUCGUCGCAGACCGCCUACGACAUCGCCGGCUUCUGGGGCCACAAGCACAUCGCCGCACUGCUGGGCGGGGCCGAGCGAGGCGCGAACCUCGCCCCGCAGGAGAACUACUUUGGCCGAGAGACGCUGGACCGCCUCAGCGCCAAGAGGACCGACGGCCCCUGGCUGGAGGCGAAAAAGACGCACCCCAGCUCUGUCUUUCUCCUGUUCUCGGACCUCAGUCCCAUGGUCAGCGGCUCCCGGGUGGACGGCGCCGUGGAGCUGUGUCGCCUCGCCUACGACGCCGUCAAAGAUCUUCUCCAGAAGGACGACGUGCUGGUGGUGUUCCUGGGAGUAGACCGGAGCAAAGUGGCGCCCGGUGAGGACCCUCCCGCCUGGUUCGCCGUCAGCACGGAUGAGGACGCCACCGCGCUCCUCCAGCGGUGUCCGGGCAGGAAGUGCUCCUUCCCAAAGUCGGCCCGCAGGGACCUGCUGACGCUCAGCGAGGAAGACGCCGGCGUGCUCGCUCCGGCCCGAUCGCUGCUGGCGUGGCACAGUCGGUACGGCUUCUGCGCCACCUGCGGGAGCGCCACCCAAGUAGAGGAGGGCGGGCACAAAAGGAGCUGCCGAAACGUCGCCUGCAAGAGCCUGCAGGGGGUCCAUAACACCUGUUACCCACGUGUUGACCCGGUGGUCAUCAUGCUGGUCGUGCAUCCUGACGGGAACCAGUGUCUGCUGGGCCGGAAGAACGUCUUCCCUAAGGGAAUGUUCUCCUGCUUGGCCGGAUUCGUAGAACCUGGCGAGACGCUGGAGGCGGCGGUGAGGCGGGAGGUGGAGGAGGAGAGCGGUGUGAAGGCGGGAGCGGUCCAGUACGUGGCGUGCCAGCCCUGGCCGAUGCCCUCGCAGCUCAUGAUCGGCUGCCUCGCCGUCGCCGUGACGACAGACAUCACCGUGGACCACAACGAGAUUGAGGACGCCCGAUGGUUCCCACGGCAACAGGUGAUAGAGGCUUUGCUCAGAGAAUCCAGCCAAGGCCUGGUCCUCCCUCCCAAGCAGACCAUCGCCCACCAGCUCAUACGACACUGGAUCGGCACCAGCGCCAACCUCUGACACUCCAGAACCAGACCUGAGAGGGAGGGGGGGGCAUAAGAUAAGAAUAAUUUAAUCGCAUUAUUUGUCAAUGCUACUGAAAUAGUGUAUGUAAAUAUUUUUGAGACAUUGUGGCAGUGAAAUUUGCUUAAAAACAAAUCUUUAGAAAUACCAAUAAACUUCCUUCUUUUUGUUUUUUCGCAAGUCACAAACAUGAGUGCUUGCAGUUGCACCCGCUGCUCGUCGAGAAGAGCGACAAAUGCUCUCGUCACUAGAUUUGUUGCACCUUUGAAAACGUAUAUUUACAGUGCUAAAGUCCACAACACCGGUUCUCCUGCUACCUCUUCUUAUGCUCUGGCAGACCAGGUGUGUUAUGAGUGCGGAAUUACAGAGGUAUGGGAAACAUUGGAAGUGUCUUUUGUUUAGUUUUUUUUUUUCAAAAUAAAGGUUCUCAUUUUUAUUGCUGUGAAA